AUGGAGCAGCGGCGCCGGUCGAUGCACCAGGAGCCGCUGCACGACGUCGGCCCUUUCCUCCCACAGCCAAUCUCGUGGGCUGACAUCGGCCUCGCCACCCACUCCAUCCACUCGCGCAACGGCGGGCACUACACGGUCGACCUGGCAUGCAAGACACUGGCCGGGCUGGUCGUCCACCACUUCCCGGACGAGGACGGGCUCGACGGCCGCCUCUCGCCGCGCUCCAAGGUCACUCUCAACGACGAAGCCAAGGAGGCUGCCGGCAUCCCCGCCAACGCUGCGACCUUCGCCUUCGCCUACCCGCUCGUCGGCGCGUCGGACCUGUCUCUCCGCAGUGACCCGGCGGAGGAGGUGGGAGCCGGCGGAGGCCGCGACACCGCCACCCUCUUCCUCUCCUUCCUGUCCUUCGGAGGGUUCGUGUACUGGGACGAGCGGCACCGCGUCUGCGGAGUCAACGCGCUGGAGGAGGGGAGUGGCCUCUACUUUGACGGGCCUCGGCAGCUGCCCUCGCCGCAGCUGCGCGGGCUCCUCUACGACUCGAGCCGCGUCUCGCGCCCGCUCAUCGACAUCGGCGUCACCGGCUUCUGCUGGCUCGCUCCGUCGGAGCAGAUCCCCGGCCUGCCUGGCGUGGAGAACUACUGGCCGGACGGCGGCUUCGUCUACUUUUACGACGACGAGGCCGAGCCGCCCCUCAGCAGCUUGGCGUUUGUCAAGCCGCCAAAGCGGGCGGAUGGCAGCAGCGAGGCGGAGCUGCUCGACGAGGCGGAGCUGCUCGACGACGUGCUCUUCAAGGUCGUCGCUCCGCCCUCGUCCGAGGACGCCACGCCGCUCUCGCGCCGCUCCUUGCACGAGCCACCCCGCCGCACGCGCACCUUCACGCAGGACGCCUACCAGCUGCAGCGCUCCGUCGCCAGCUCGCGGUCCGGGAGAGGCAGCGUCGAGGAGGUGGUGCAGGAGGCGCGGAGGCGGCUGCUGCAGCUGCUGCAGCGGCAGAAGCUGCCGGACGCGCUUCGCAAGGCCGAGGCUCGCUCGCUGCUGCUGCGGGCGCUGCACCGCACGCUGCAGGCCAUGAAUGAAUUUAGCCAGCAGCGCGUUGAGUAA